AUGCAGCAGGCAGUAGGCAGAAGACAGGAAGCUGUAGCAAAAACAGUCGUGGCGAAAAGUGCUGCUCCCGUCUGGACCACGCCCUCCACCUCGACGUCUAUCUCCAUCAGUGAGAACACAGCCACUGCUGUCUCCGUCUAUCAGCUCACGGCUACUGACGCGGAUGGCGACAGUAUCACCUACUCCAUAUCGACCGGUUCAGGUUUCAGUGUCAUCGGUGACGUAGUCUACACCAAUACGGCGUAUGAUUACGAAACAACGACGUCAUACGCGUUACAGUUCAGUGCGACUGAUGGCGUUACCCCUGUUACAAGUCCUACACUGACGGUGUCCAUCACCGACUACAACGAUAACACACCCACCUUUAGUCCCGCCAUCUAUUCUAAAACUAUCCCAGAGGGGUCCGCCUCCGCGACAUCUAUUGCGGCCCUGACUUGUACCGAUGCUGACAGUGGUACUAACGGAAACUGUGCACUCAGUAUACAGAGUGGGGACGAUGCCUCAGCCAAGUUUACUAUUUCCGGUACCACUCUACAAACAACAGGAACAGCCACCGACUACGAGUCGCUCUCCUCACAAAACUAUAUCUAUAGCCUCGUUGUGAUAGCUACGGACACAGCCACUGCUGGAUCAGAUCUAACCGGAACUGCGUAUGUUUACGUCACAAUAACGGGGACAAAUGACAACACUCCGGCGAUAUCGGGGACCACGCCCUCGUCAAUAUCGGUUGCUGAGAACAGUGCUGUAGGGACUACAGUAGCGACUAUACAGGCGUCAGACGCUGACGAUGGCGACGAUGGAGUGCUCACAUACAGCAUCAUAGGUGGUAACUCCGAGGCACGGUUCGGUGUGGGCACUACGACCGGAGAGAUAUAUCUAACACUGGCCCUCGACUAUGAGACGACCACAUCCUACUCUCUUACUGUACAGGCGACUGAUGGCGGUUCACCAUCAGAUAGUGCCACGUCUGUAGUCACAGUGACCGUCACUGACGUGAACGAUAACACUCCAGCCUGCCCCUCUUCUAGCUACACUUACAGUAUAGCGGAGACAAGCUCAUCCGGGACAGCGGUGACCACUCUAGCCUGCACCGAUGCCGAUGGAGACUCUGUGACGUACUCAAUAACGUCCGGUAACUCCGAUGGAUGCUUCUCUGUGACAGCUGCUGGCGCAUUGUCCACCGCUUGUACUUUGGACUAUGACACCGGUAGUCAGUCCUACACUCUCGCCAUCGAUGCCAGUGACGGGACAACAUCUACAUCCGUAACUGUUUACGUUAGUCUCACCGCCGAAAACGACAACACUCCCGCAUUCGCUUCAAAUCCUACCGUCAGUCUCGCGGAGAGUACAAGUAUUGGAACAGCUGUGACAACAUACACUGCAGCAGAUGAUGAUUUAUCUCCACAUGAUGUCGUGUCUUAUGGCAUUACAGCAGUUACAAACAGCGGGUCAACUCUGUUCGCUGUUGACUCCACCUCUGGAAGCAUAACGCUGACAAGUGCUUUGGACUAUGAGACAGCUACAAGUUACGUCAUUACUGUUGAAGCUGUGGAUGGUGGAGGAACGACGGCAACUGGUUCCGUGACAGUUUCAGUAACCGAUGUAAACGACAACUCUCCAAUAUUCUCUCCAUCAGCGUACACAGUAGAAAUAGCAGAGACAACAUCGGCUUCCGCAACGGUUGUGACUACAACAUGCGCCGACGCCGACGCUGCAGAUACUGUCACGUAUUCUAUUGCUAGUGGGAAUUCAGACAGUAAAUUUUCUGUCUCAGCAUCAGGGGAAAUACUUCUGGCAGCAACCAUUGAUUACGAUACGGAGACGACGUUUUAUACACUCACCGUGGAAGCCACAGAUACCAGUACCACGGCCACCGCUACUGUUAAGAUAACAGUCACUGGGACCAACGAAGGGACCCCCACUUUCGCCAGUAACCCGACAGUCUCCCUGGCCGAGAGCUCCAGUGUUAGUACCGCGGUGACGACGUAUGCAGCUACAGAUACGGACGCCUCACCUCAUGAUAUCUCUACAUACGCUAUCACAGCAGUAUCGAACUCGGGUAGUGCCUAUUUCACUAUUGAUGCGACUACUGGCAGCAUAACUUUGGCCAAAACACUGGAUUACGACACGACAACAGACUACACGAUCACAGUGACGGCUACUGAUGGCGGCGGACUCGUGACAACAGUGACGACACUGGCUUGUACAGAUGGUGAUACGGGAGCCACUUUGGCCUACACAAUUACCUCAGGGAAUGCAGAUUCCUGCUUUAGUCUAGCAAGUGCAUCUGGAAUAUUGACAACAGCAUGUACCCUAGAUUACGACACCGGAAGUCAGUCGUACAGUUUGGCUGUAGAAGUCAGUGACGGUAGUUUGUCCAGUACUGUUACCGUAGACGUCGUCCUCUCAGCCGAAAACGACAACAAUCCAUCAUUUGCCUCCAAUCCUACCGUCAGUCUCGCGGAGAGUACGAGUGUUGGAACAGCCGUGACAACAUAUACUGCUUCAGAUGAUGAUUUAUCACCUCAUGAUAUUGUAUCAUACGACAUAACGGCAGUAACCAACAGUGGUACCAGUGUAUUCUCUAUAGACUCGACCUCGGGUAGUAUUACGUUAUCCAGCUCUUUUGACUAUGAGACGACCACAAGCUACGUCAUCACAGUGGUGGCUACAGAUGGUGGAGGAACAGCGGCUACGGGUUCCGUCACGGUUUCGGUGACAGAUGUCAACGACAAUUCCCCAAUAUUCUCGCCAUCAGCAUAUACAGUGGAGAUAGCAGAGAGCACAUCAGCUUCAGCUACGAUCGUGACUACAACAUGCGCAGAUGCUGACGCAGCCGAUACUGUCACAUAUUCUAUCGCGAGUGGCAACACUGAUAGCAAAUUUGCGGUUUCUGCAUCAGGGGAGAUAACCCUGGCAGCAACCAUUGAUUACGAUACGGAGACGACGUUUUAUACACUCACCGUGGAAGCCACAGAUACCAGUACCACGGCCACGGCUACUGUUAAGAUCACUGUCACUGGGACAAACGAGGGGACCCCCACUUUCGCCAGUAACCCGACAGUCUCCCUGGCCGAGAGCUCCAGUGUUAGUACCGCGGUGACGACGUAUGCAGCCACAGAUACGGACGCCUCACCACAUGAUAUCUCUACAUACGCUAUUACAGCAGUUUCGAAUUCGGGUAGUGCCUUUUUCACUAUUGAUGCGACUACUGGGAGUAUAACCUUGGCUAAAACCCUUGAUUACGACACGACAACGAGCUACGAAAUCACGGUGACGGCUACUGACGGAGGCGGACUCGUGACUACAGUGACGACACUCGCUUGCACGGAUGGUGAUACGGGAGCCACUUUGGCCUAUACAAUUACCUCAGGGAAUGCAGAUUCCUGCUUUAGUCUAGCAAGUGCAUCUGGAAUAUUGACAACAGCAUGUACACUGGAUUACGACACCGGAAGUCAAUCGUACAGUCUGGCUGUAGAAGUCAGUGACGGAAGCCUGUCUAGCACAGUAACUGUAGACGUCGUCCUCUCAGCCGAAAACGACAACAAUCCAUCAUUUGCCUCCAAUCCUACCGUCAGUCUCGCGGAAAGUACGAGUGUUGGAACAGCCGUGACAACAUACACCGCGGCAGAUGAUGAUUUAUCGCCUCAUGAUGUUGUCUCGUAUGACAUAACAGCAGUAACCAACAGUGGUACCAGUGUAUUCUCUAUAGACUCGACCUCGGGUAGUAUUACGUUAUCCAGCUCUUUGGACUAUGAGACGACCACCAGCUACGUCAUCACAGUGGUGGCUACAGAUGGUGGAGGGACAGCGGCUACGGGUUCCGUCACGGUUUCGGUGACAAAUGUCAACGACAAUUCCCCAAUAUUCUCGCCAUCAGCGUACACAGUGGAGAUAGCAGAGAGCACAUCAGCUUCAGCUACGGUCGUCACAACGACAUGCGCUGAUGCUGACACAUCGGAUACUGUCACAUAUUCUAUCGCGAGUGGAAACACUGAUGGCAAAUUUGCGGUUUCUGCAUCAGGGGAGAUAACUCUUGCAGCAACCAUUGAUUACGAUACGGAGACGACGUUUUAUACACUCACCGUGGAAGCCACAGAUACCAGUACCACGGCCACGGCUACUGUUAAGAUAACAGUCACUGGGACAAACGAGGGGACGCCAACCUUUGCCAGCAACCCGACUGUCUCCCUGGCCGAGAGCUCCAGUGUUGGUACUGCAGUGACGACGUAUGCAGCCACAGAUACGGACGCCUCACCUCACGAUAUUUCCACAUACGCCAUAAGUUCAGUUACCAACACGGGAAGCGCCUUUUUCACUAUUGACGCGACUACUGGGAGUAUAACCUUGGCUAAAACUCUUGACUACGACACAACAACGAGCUACGAAAUCACGGUGACGGCUACUGACGGAGGCGGGCUUGUUACAACAGUGACAACUCUCGCUUGUACAGAUGGCGAUACGGGAGCCAGUUUGGCAUACACAAUCAAUUCUGGAAACGCCGAUUCAUGUUUUAGUCUGGGAAGUGCGACUGGCAUACUUACCACAGCAUGCACCCUAGAUUACGACACCGGAAGUCAGUCGUACAGUUUGGCUGUAGAAGUCAGUGACGGAAGUUUGUCCAGUACUGUUACCGUAGACGUCGUCCUCUCAGCCGAAAAUGACAACAAUCCGUCAUUUGCCUCCAAUCCUACCGUCAGUCUCGCGGAAAGUACGAGUGUUGGAACAGCCGUAACAACAUAUACUGCUUCAGACGGGGACUUGUCGCCACAUGAAAUAGCUUCCUACCAAAUCACAACAGUAACCAACAGUGGUACCAGUGUAUUCUCUAUAGACUCGACCUCGGGUAGUAUUACGUUAUCCAGCUCUUUGGACUAUGAGACGACCACAAGCUAUGUCAUCACAGUGGUGGCUACAGAUGGUGGAGGAACAGCGGCCACCGGUUCAGUUACAGUCUCAGUCACAGAUGUCAAUGAUAACUCACCUAUAUUUUCGCCAUCAGCGUACGAUGUAGAAAUUGCAGAAAGCACGGCAGCUGCUGCAACGGUUGUGACCAUGACAUGCGCAGAUGCCGAUACAGGCGACACAGUCUCCUACUCAAUCGUCAGUGGAAACUCUGCUGGAAAAUUUGCUGUUUCCGCAUCGGGGGAAAUAACAUUAGCGUCAACCAUCGAUUACGAUACGGAGACGACGUUUUAUACACUCACCGUGGAAGCCACAGAUACCAGUACCACGGCCACGGCUACUGUUAAGAUCACUGUCACUGGGACAAACGAGGGGACCCCCACUUUCGCCAGUAACCCGACAGUCUCCCUGGCCGAGAGCUCCAGUGUUAGUACCGCGGUGACGACGUAUGCAGCUACAGAUACGGACGCCUCUCCACAUGAUAUCUCUACAUACGCUAUUACGUCAGUCACAAAUACGGGGAGUCCAUAUUUCUCCAUCGACGGGAGUACUGGCAGUAUCACAUUGGCGCAAUCUCUUGACUACGAGACUACAACGAGCUAUGAGAUAACAGUUACUGCUACUGAUGGAGGUGGACUAGUGGGAACCGGAACAGUUACAGUUUCAGUGACAGAUGUCAACGACAACAUUCCAGUGUGUAGUCCUUCUGCUUACAGCUCAACCGUGUCGGAGUCUUCGUCAACAGGAGACACAGUCACCACACUGGCUUGUAGUGAUGGCGACACAGGUGACACCAUCACUUAUUCUGUGGUCAGUGGAAAUGUUGGCAGCGACUUCGCAAUUUCGUCAGCAGGAGUAGUGACUCUGGCAAACGCACUCGAUUAUGACGCGGGAACUCAGGAGUAUACAAUAUUGUUCGGUGUGUCUGAUGGAACCACCACCUCCACGGCUACCGUAGCAGUUACUGUGGGUGCUGCAAACGAAGCCACGCCCACAUUUGCCUCUAAUCCGUCGACAACACUUGCAGAAGACACUGGAACUGGAACAGCUGUGAUGACCUACACAGCAGUAGAUGCCGAUGCCUCGCCUCAUAACAUCGUCAACUAUGAUAUAACUGCUGUGACAAAUGGUGGCACUAACUAUUUUACAAUUGAUGAAACUUCUGGAAACAUUCAACUGGCUCAAUCUCUUGACUACGAAAGUACUACCAGUUACGAACUGACUGUAGUUGCUACUGAUGGAGGGGGUUCAACGGGUACCGGAACUGUUACCGUAGCUGUCACUGAUGUGAACGACAACACGCCUAUUUGUACACCUUUUGCACAUGUCAUUACAGUUCUUGAAAGUACAGCCACAAGCACGGCCGUGAUCUCUGACCUCGCCUGCUCUGAUGGGGACGCUGGAACCACACUAACGUACACAAUGACACAGAAUCCGGAUAAUAAAUUCGGCGUGACUGUUUCCGGAUCGACCGCUUCCCUUGUUGUCAGUGCUACCCUUGACUACGAGACGACGACAUUUUAUAACUUACAAGUAACAGUUAAAGAUGGCGGUUCACCGGAACUCACGGCAACGGUAACUGUUGAUGUCAACGUAGGAGCUGUUGAUGAGGGCUCUCCUGUAUUUACAAGCUCCGGAACAUAUGCCCUGUCUGCCGGGGAGGACACAGCCGUGGGAUCUACAUUAGUGACCGUUACGGCUACAGACUCUGUAGAUACUGGAGACCCAAUAUCUUAUGCCUUUGUCGCUACCUACUCCAUGUUUGAAUUGGACACGAACGCCGGAACCAUUUUGCUUGUUACGAGCAUGGACUACGAGACGGCAACCAAUCAUCAACUCCUUGUAACCGCGUAUGACGGUACAACUUACGUCACUGCCACCGUCACCAUCACUGUGAAUGACGUCAACGAAGUGGCUGUGUUUGGAUCAUCUACAUAUACACCGACAUUUGCCGAGAACCAAGCCAUAGGAACUACAUUGGUGCAGGUAGCUGCUACAGACGGGGAUGCUAGUACCUUUGGUACGAUAGCCUACUCAAUCUCCUCGGGAGACGGAGCAUCCUACUUCACAAUCGACUCUUCUACUGGAGCAAUAACCGCCUCAGUCGUCAUAGAUUAUGAAGCGAAUCAGUACUUCUCGCUUAUAGUACAGGCGGUGGACGGAGUUCCUGCUUUAACUGCUCAGUGUCUCGUCCAGGUGACCAUGUCAGACGAAAACGACAACACACCCACCUUUAACCCAACAACAUAUACCGUCACGCUGUCUGAGGACUCCGCGGUUUCUACGACCGUGACCACAGUAACUGCUACUGAUGCUGAUUCUGUCAGCAACAAUAAUAAUGUUUUUGUCUACAGCACGACGUCAUCCGUACCGUUUACGGUUGGGACAUCAACUGGAAUAAUAACAACAAAUGCUGUUCUAGACAGGGAAACGACUGCCAGUUACGAGAUGGUGCUCCUAGCGACGGACGGAGGUGCCACUCCGUUGACCGGUACCUCUACGAUAACUAUCUCCCUGAUAGAUGUAAACGACAACGAUCCUAGUAUAUCUGGUACCUAUGACAGCACGAUAGACGAGGACACCGCCGUCAACACCGUCGUAUUCUCAAUCACUGCCACCGAUCUAGACUAUCAAGAAAACAGUCAGUUAAGUUACAGCAUCAAUUCUGGGAAUACUAAUACAGACUUCAAGAUUGAGGUUGGAACAGGAAUAUUACAAACGGCGAAUUCCCUCGACAGAGAAACAACAGCAUCAUAUACAUUGGAGGUCUACGUUGUUGACAAUGGUGCGACUCCUAGAACAGCUAGCGUUACAUGUACUGUAACCAUUGGUGACCUCAAUGAUAAUACUCCAGCAUGGACGGCAGCACCAUACACAUUUGCAGUGGACGAAAAUGUUGCAACUGGUACGAAUGUUGGCACUAUAGCAGCUACGGACGCGGACACCGGGGUCAACUCGGCGAUAAGUUACAGCAUUAUAGGAUACUGGUCGGGUGGUUCAAAUCCUGUAACCAUCGACACUUCAACGGGAGUAAUAACAACAAGCGCUAGUCUCGAUAGAGAGAGUGUCGACACGUACGUUAUAUGGUGCCGUGUCCAGGAUUCUGGAACUCCUGUGCUAUCGUCGGACACUAAUGUUACCAUAACAAUAAACGACCUUAAUGACAAUGACCCGACAUUUGCCAGUACGACCUUUUCCGCCACAGUGACUGAAAAUACUGCUGUUAGCACUUCGAUAACAACAAUGUCUGCUACGGAUGCUGACACGGGCGUCAAUGCAGUCAUUGUGUAUUCUUUCGACACCUCUACAACAGCAGGUGCUAGAGCAGAUCUGUAUCUGACCAUUGGUUCCUCUACAGGCUUAGUAGAAGUAAAAUCCUCGAUUGACCGAGAGGUUGAUGCGACAUUUACUGUAGUAGUUUUGGCUGUAGAUACUGGUACGACACCUCGAACUGGAUCCACAACUCUCACAGUGACAGUAGGAGAUGAAAACGAUAACUCCCCAAUAUUUUCUCCGACCUACUACAACGGGGAGGUUCCGUAUACAGGUUCAUGUAAUCCCACUAUUUUAACACUUACUGCGUCGGACGCGGAUGAAGGUGCCAACGCGCAGUUGUACUAUUACUUCACAACCUCAAACAGUGACUUUACAAUGGACUCCAGCACAGGGGCAGUAACUCGAACGUCAACACUGUCCAGUGGGAAGAUUUACACUGCAUACGCACAUGCACAUGACGGAGGAAGCCCACAGUUAACAACAAGCACCAGCGCCACGAUGAGGAUCGAUGCCUACACACCAUCUCUUGUCGUCAUCUCGUACUACUUAGGGAUAAAUAAAACCUACUAUGAGUCGGUAGAAACUACUUUCAUAAGUCAACUGGAUGCUGUGUACCAAGUGACAUAUUCAUCAGCCUCCGUUAAACGCUGGUGUAUUGUAGAGACAACGGGAAGUUCGAUAAUCGUGCAUAUGUAUGUGUUACAAGACAACACAACUGAUUCAGUGAGCAACAUCGGAUCACAGAAAGUCUUCUUGAGUGCAUCGUCCGCUCAAGGAUUUGUGGCAACAGAUACGGCGGGUACCCCUUCAUCUAGUGUUACAGGGACGUCAUGGGAUACGUAUGCCAUAGAAAAAAUAGUGCUUUACGAGACGACUACUGCCGAAUCUAGCACUCCUUGGAUAGAGACAGCGACUGGCAUCGCAGUAACGACAACAUGUGUUUUAAUUGGAGUGGCAUGCAUCACCAUGACUACGAUUAUGAUCGUCAAAUACUGUCGAGCAAAAAAAGCUGCACAAAAAACAAAUGCACCAAGAGUUGAGAUGACAGAACCAAAUAACAGCAGCAGUAAUAAUAACAACGCAAGUGACAACAACAAAAGCUGGUCUAACAAACCCCGCCCCCCGCCAUAUUCACGUGAAGGACGGAGGGAGCAAGCUAGGGCAGCUGCAGCAGCCUCGGCUUUGACAAGCAAGAACCCAAAUCGGUCAGUUUUCGUGAAUGAACCAGGAGGGGACAUAAAUGCCUGGCAGAAAAAUAGUGAUUUUAUAGUAACUAAUGGGGAGUACGAUGGACGUGCAGUAGAUCCAGCGUCUGGCAAAGUAUAUGAAUAUAACACAAAGACUGAACAAAAGCAGUGGAUUAAAACACGGGGCGGCACUCCAGUAAAAAUCGACAUUGGAAAAACUCCAGAGGGCCUAGAUAUCUGA